AUGAAUGAGAAACAAACAAAGUUAACAAAACUAAGACAAGAAACAUUUACUCUUUCAUUUAAUCAACCAAAAUUUUGUCCAAAUGUAACUUGGAAUCCAAAUGCAACAACUUUUGCAAAUCAAACCACAGUUGGGUCUCAACCUUAUGGAAUUUUUGUCAAUACGAACAAUUCGAUCUAUGUAGCUGAUGAACAAAACAGUCGAAUUCAAGUGUGGACCAACAAUAGUAUUAAUCCAACAUCCACAAUUUAUGGGACUUUAUCAUCACCAUAUUUUCUUUUCGUGACAACGAAUGGUGAUAUUUAUGUCGAUAAUGGCAACAACCAUCGAGUUGAUAAAUUCACAGGAAACACAAACAUCAGUGUCUCUGUUAUGAAUGUUAAUGGAUCAUGCUGUGGUCUCUUUGUUGAUAUCAACGAUACUUUAUACUGUUCAGUGCGUGAUUAUCAACAAGUGAUUAAAAAGUGGUUGAAUGAUAAUACAAGUACAUCGAUCAUUGCUGCUGGGACGGGUGUCGCGAGUUCUGCCUCAAACAACCUUAAUAGUCCUCGGGAAGUCUUCGUUACUAUCAACUUUGACCUGUAUGUAGCAGAUUGUGAUAACGAUCGAAUUCAACUUUUUCACUCUGGUCAGUUAAAUGGAACAACAGUAGCGGGAAAUGGAUCAACGAAUUUCACCAUUGCACUCUAUCAUCCAACUGGAAUAGUCCUCGAUGCUGAUAAUUAUCUCUUUAUUGUGGAUAAUCACAAUCAUCGUAUUGUUGGAUCAGGGCCAAAUGGUUUUCAAUGUUUAGUUGGAUGUUCUCAAGUACUAGGUUCAGCAUCCAAUCAAUUAAACUAUCCGAAUACUCUUAGUUUCGAUAGUUAUGGCAACAUGUAUGUCACUGAUACCAGUAAUAAUCGAAUCCAAAAAUUUGCUUUAUUAACAAAUGGAUGUGAUUCUACAACAACAACAACAACUACAACAACAUCAAUAUCAACAACAUCAACGACGACAACAACAACAUCAACAACAACAACAACCACAACAACAGUAACACAAUACAUCAAUCAAAAGUGUUUUCCACCAACAGUUACACUUAUACCUGGAGCAUCAACAUUGUUAUCUCCAUUACAAUUUCGUCGAGAUCAAGAUUUUUAUAUUGUGUCAAUAAUUACAUUAAAUUGUUAUAGUUCAUUAUCAACAAAAACUGAAUGGACAAUCAAAAAUUGUACAUCAUCAUCCUGUGCAUAUCAAAUUCAAACUGUUUCAACAAUACAAACUACAUUUAGUGAAUUAUAUAUUCCAGCAAGAACUCUAUCGUAUGGAUUAUAUGAAUUAAACUUAACAGUAACAAUGAUUGAUUAUUCAUUGUUAAUAACAUCAUCUUCUGUUUAUGUGAAAAUAACACCAUCAGGUAUUAUAGCAAAUCUUGUUCAAUUAGGAACACCAAUGAUUGCAAGCGGGCAUGAACAAGAUUUAAAACUGGAACCAGGAAUAUAUUCUGUUGAUCCGGAUGGAUAUGUGUUUAAUGCCACUGAUUGGAAAUAUGAAUAUUAUUGUCGAAUUUAUGGUUUAUAUAUGUUUCCAAAGUUUCAAGGUUCAUUGUUACCGAUUGAUAAUUCGACCAUUGAUCCAUUAAAUCCAUCAUGUUUAUCAAAUCGAACAGAUAAUCUAACAGCAUGGAAAUAUACUAACUCUAUAAAAUCAUCAGUGACAAUUCUUUCUCAAUCACUUCAAUCCAAUCGAACAUAUCAAUUUAUGGUUUAUAUGGAAAAUCGUCGAAAUAGUCUUCUUCAAGCAACUGGUUAUGUACUUGUCCAAGUGGAAGAUAUUUUCUCGCCAGUCAUUGCUCUUGGAUGUGUUAUAUCGACAAUGUGUGUUUCUAAUAUGGAGUUUCAACUUGUUAAUCCAACAACACAAGUUGCUUUAUUUGCACUUUGUAUUGGAAAUUGUACAAAUAUUCGUAAUAUUACAUGGAAUAUCUAUCAAGGUUCAUUAAAUUCAUCAUCAAAUGUUACUCAAUGGAUUUUAUUUAAUCAAAUGACUGCAUAUCAAAAUAUUUGGUUUUUUGGAACGAAUACAACAAAUUUCACAGCAACAAAUCAAUUAUUUUUAUCCAAUCCUCAAGUGAAUCUUUGGCGAUUUGAAGUUGUUUAUCGAUUUGUAUCAAAAACAAGUUCAAGUUCAUUGAAUUUUGUGAUUAAUCAACCACCAUCCAAUGGUUCAUGUUUCAUCAAUCCUCACAAUGGUACAACAAGUAGUCUAUUUACUAUUUCAUGUCCAAAUUGGUUUGAUAAAGAUGGAAUUAAAGAUUAUUCAGUUUAUACUUGGACAACAGAUCCAUCGGAACGCAUGAUGAUUGCUUUUUCAGCAGUUUCAAUAUUUCAAGUUCGAUUACCAGUUGGAGACGAUUUAACUUAUGUACUUCAUUUGAUUGUUUCUAUUCGAGAUACACUUGAUUGUGUUGCUGAAACAAAUAUAUCAUCUAUCAGUGUUUUACCGGAUACGGCUGGAAUUGCUAGUUUAAUAAAUGAUCUACAAACUUCGUCAAGUGCAUUAACAACUAAUCCAAUUGUUCAAUUACUUGCAAGUGGAAAUCAAAAUACAGUUGGACAAAUAUUAAGUUCACUUUCUCAACAAUUCAAUACGAUGAAUAAUGAAAACGUAGAAAAUGCUGUUUCAAGUGGUGUUGCAGCUACAAGUAUUUCUAUCUCAUCUUUGGGAAGUAUAAGAUCACAAGGGAAUUCGACUCUAAUGAAUGCUUCUGCUCUAACUGAAUUUAGUAAAGAAUUGAAUUCGCAAGCCAAUAUUCGAGAUUAUUUGAUGACAUUCACAACUAAUCUUGCCAUUACAACAUCAAAUAGUAUUAAACUACAAGCAUCAUCAUUAGCACAAUUAACUCAAGCUACAAAUCAACUCACACGAGAAGCUUUAAUAACUGCAUCGAAUAAAUGUUAUCAAUUAUCUAUUGCUUUAAAUUCAAUGGCAACGACAAUUUCAUAUGAGGAUGUUCAAACAGCGGCUAAUGAACUUAUUCAAUGUGCAUCAAAUGUUCUGACAUCUGUCAAUGGACCAUUACAAGAACGAACAAUAAUUCUCGAUUUAGAUUCAUCUCGUGCAAAUACAUUUCCUCAAAAUUAUGACACAGAUAUUGAAUCAGAAUGGUCAAAUCCAAAUUUAUUUGUGGAUGGAAAUGAUUUUUCAUAUGAAGCAAUUCAAAUAGGUCGAAAUAAAUAUUAUCAAAAACAAACAGCAAAUCAAAUCACAAGUCAAGUAACUCAAAUCAUUUCAUUAUUAACUACUGCAUUAAAUAAUCAUAUAAAUAUUGGACAAAAUUUAACAAUAAAUACACCUCAAGUAUUUAUGUCAUUGGAAACAUUAUCAGUUGAAUCACUUUCAAGUAAACAAAUUCAACAAGUUGGAAAUGCACAAAUUCGUAUGCCAUCAAAUUUGAAUAUCAAUUCUAAUACAAUGCUUUCAUUACAAUCAAAAAUGAAACCACUCGCAUCAUUUGGUAAUUCAACAAUUGAAUCACAUACAAAUCUAUCAACAUUAAUAUCACUUUCAAUUCUUGAUCAGUAUGGAAAUGAAAUUCCUGUUCAAACAAAUCUUUCAAAUCCAAUUGAAAUUCUUAUUCCUCGUGAUCCAAAUCUUAUUAUUCCUGAAAUGAUUUUAAAAAAUGUUACAUCAAUGAAUACAACGCCUCAUAAUCAAAUUUUCAAUUUAAAUUAUGUUAAUAUCACAAGUACACUCACAGUGUCGAUUCAUUUUGAAAUUCAUCCUUUGAAUACAACUUUUGCUUAUUUAUUUAUUUAUAAAUUUGAUCAAUCACCUCAAUUGAAUAGUUCAAUCAAUCAAAUUGAUGGAUGGACUCUUCUAUGUCCUUCGAAUUUAACGAAUGAGAGCAUUUAUACCUAUUUUAUUGAUAAUCAACAAACAUCAGGUCAUCAAUCAAUAAUAUUUGGUUUACGAGAAUUGAAUUCAACAGAAAUUAGAGAUUAUUGUUCCAAUUCUCAAUUGACAAGUCCACCAAUAACAAAUCAACGAUUUAAUUUUACAUCAAAUUAUGAACUUAGACUUUACACAUCAGGUUGUUAUUAUCUUGAUGAAAAUAAUCAAUGGAAAUCCGAUGGAUUAUUGGUCGGACCAUCGACAAAUUAUGCUGAAACUCAAUGUUUUUCAACUCAUUUGUCAGAAUUUACAGGUGGAUUUCGUAUUUUACCGGCGCCAAUCAAUUGGAAUUAUGUUUUUGCAAAUGCUGAUUUUCAAAAGAAUAAAACUAUUUAUUUAACUGUCAUUUGUGCAUCAAUUAUUUAUUUAAUUUUGUUGAUUUAUGCACAUUUCAAAGACAAAAAAGAUCUUGAAAAAUUAGGAGUAACAUCACUACCAGAUAAUCAUAAAUCUGAUCAAUAUUUUUAUCAAAUUAUUGUUUUUACUGGUCAACGAAAAGAUGCUGAAACAAAAUCCAAAGUUCACUUUGUAUUAUCUGGUGAUGAGGAUACAACACAUAUUCGAACAUUUGCUGAUCCUCAUCGAAAGAUUUUCCAACGUGGUGGAAUUGAUUCAUUUAUUAUGGCUGUUCCAAAAUCAUUGGGAUUGUUGAAUUAUAUUCAUAUUUGGCAUGAUAAUACAGGAGGUGGUUCAUCAUCAUCAUGGUUUUUCAAAUAUUUAAUAGUUCGUGAUUUACAAACAAUGGAAAAAUAUCAUUUUAUUUGUCAACGAUGGUUAGCAGUAGAAAAAGAUGAUGGGAAAAUUGAACGUCUUUUACCAGUAGCUAGUAAAACAGAAAAAAAUCAAUUUUCUUAUGUUUUAUCAAAAAAAGCCUAUCAUAGUGUAUCAGACAGUCAUCUUUGGUUUUCAAUAUUUUCUCGUCCAUCAUCAAAUAAAUUUACAUGUGUCCAACGAUGUACUUGUUGUUUUGUUUUAUUAUUUCUUUCAAUGUUUUUGAAUAUAAUGUAUUAUGAUCUCUCAAAUGAAUCACAAUCGACAAAUAACACGAAUAGUUUAUCUAUUGGUCCUCUUCACAUCGCUCCUCAACAGAUUUUAAUUGGUGUGAUUGUUGAAUUGUUAUCAAUAAUUCCAAGUCUUUUACUCGUUCAAUUCUUUCGACGUAUUCGAUGUCGUCAACAACAAAUUUCACCAUUACAUCGAGCUUUAUAUAAAAUGGAAUCACAUUUAGAAAUUGAAAAUGAAAGAAAAAAGAAAUCAGAAAGAUUUUUAUUUCCAUGGUGGUGUUUAUUUAUUGCAUAUGGUCUUUGUAUAAUAUUGGUAGGUAUGUCGAUUCUAUUUAUCAUUGCUCGUGGAAUUGAAUUUGGUGAUUUGAAAACAAAACAAUGGUUAACAUCAGUUCUAACUGGAUUUUUCUCAUCAAUUCUUCUAACUCAACCAAUGAAAAUUUUAUGUUUGGCAAUAUUUUUUGCUUUUUUUUGUCGAAAUACAACUGAUGACGAAGAAGCUAAACAAUAUUUGGAUGAAAAUGAAGUUAAUUUCGAUAAUCAUGCUGACGAUUAUCUUCAUCAGAUUGAGAAACAACAUUCGAUAUUUACUUAUCGUCCUCCCGUUCGAGCAAAUCGUUUAACUGAAGAUGAAGUAGCUUCUGCACGUCAAGAACGUUUAAAAGAAAUUCAUAUGUGGUCAAUUAUUCGUGAAAUUUCAACUUAUUUUUGUUUUUUCAUUUUACUUUGUACAAUAACUUAUUCAAAUCAAAAUUCUAAUGGAUAUUUUCAAGUUAAUCAUUUACAAAAGUAUUUUUAUAAUUCAAGGCAAAUCAACUAUGAUUAUUUAAAGAUCUCGACAAUAAAUGACUAUUGGUUAUGGCUAGAAGAAAGUUUUGUUUCAAAUAUUCGUGCACAAGAAUGGUAUAAUGGUGAUAGUCCUCGGAAUUUAAGUGGUUUUACUAAUGAUAAAACGAAUCGAUUAAUUGGUUGGCCAAUAAUGAGACAAUUACGUGUUAAAUCAAACUUGUGUUCUUAUCAAAAACUUCGAUUAAGAUGUCUAAAUGAUUAUAGUUUAUCAAAUGAAGAAAAAGAUUCAUUUGGAUUAGCAUGGACAAAUGAAACAACAGAAGAAUCUAGUUCAUCAAUAAUUGAAUCAUUUCAAUAUAAAUCAAGUGAAGAAUUGUCAACAUAUGUUUAUGUUGGUGAUCAUGGAAUUUAUGAUGGUGGUGGUUACGUUUAUGAAUUUCGAGGUCGUUUAGCUGAUCUUCAAAGUAAUUUAUCUAAACUUCAUCAAUUAGAAUGGAUUAAUAAUCAAACACGAGCUGUGAUUAUUCAAUUUACUUUAUAUAAUCCAAAUGUUGAAUUAUUUACCGCAGUGACAUUUCUUAUGGAAUUUUUAUCAACAGGUGGACUUUAUCCAUCAGCUCGGUUUGAACCAAUGAGUUUUGAAGCAUUCACAUCACGACUUCAAUUGAUCUGUAUGAUAUUCUAUAUGAUCUUCAUUAUUUAUCUUAUGUGGAUAGAAAUGCGAUCAUUACUUUCGUUGAAAUGGUCUUACUUUCAACAGUUUUGGUCUUAUAUUGAAGUUGGUAUAAUUGUAUGUUCAUGGUCAAGUGUUGGAAUUUACGUUUGGCGAUACCGAGAAUACCAACGAAUUAGUUCAUUAUUUGAACAAACCCAUGGAUAUGUUUAUAUUAAUUUACAACUUGCAAGUUAUGUCAAUGAAAUUUUAACAUUUUUCUAUGGUUUUUGUUGUUUUUUUGGGACAAUUAAAUUUCUUCGUCUUUGUCGAUUUAAUCAACGUCUUAUGUUAUUUAGUUCUACACUUAAAUAUGCUGGGAAAGAAUUGAUUUCAUUUUCUAUGAUGUUUUCAAUAAUAUUUUUUUCAUUUCUUUGUUUAUUUUAUUUAUUAUUUAUUUCAAAGAUUUGGAGUUGUUCAAGUUUAUACGAAACAGCACAAAUGUUGUUUAAAAUGACAUUAUUAAACUUUGAUACAACAGAAUUAAUUGGAGCUGGAGCAUUUUUGGGUCCAUUUUCUUUUAGUUUAUUUAUUUUUUUGAUUGUUUUUGUUUGUUUAUCAAUGUUUUUAUCGAUUAUUAAUCAGAGUUUUCGACGUGCACGUGAUGAUAUGAAGAUUAAAACUAAUGAAGAAAUAUUUUCAUUUAUGUUAAAUAGAUUUCAACGUUGGAUAGGUUGGAAAAAGUCAAGUGAAAAAGAAAUUACUUUGACGCGUUCCGAACAAACUACUCUAAUUGAAGAAUUUCCUGAAAAAAUGGAUCGAUUUCUUGGAGCAAUCAAUCGAAUUUAUAUGAGUCAAAAAGCUGAAUUAACAAGAGUACAGGAAACUAACAUUUAA